CUUGAAGUGAAGAAUUAAAAUAAAAUUAAUGAAAUGGAAAAUGGUCUGAUCAUAAUCUUCAAGAAUUAAUAAAUGGCCAACAAUGAGUGGACCAUUAAAUUCACCAAUGGAGUUUAGCUGUGAGACAUCAGCAUGGCUAGUGAGAGCACAAAACUCAAAAAAAAAUUCUGUUUUGUUUUUGGUUGAAUUUCUAACACUACAAUGCAAGUAAAAGACAGUGUUCUUCUACCUUUUCAUCUUUGCUAUUUAAGUACUGUGCUCUGUUCUCUCUGGGAAUUUUCUUUCACCCAAAAAUUUCUUUUUCUUUUUUCAUUUCUCUUUCUUUGAUCAAACUCAUAACAUGUGGUGUGGUUUCCAGAGUAGAAGCAAGGGUAAUCUCUGAUUAGUCCAAUUUAGCAGUGAGUAGCUGUUGUUAACAAGAAGAGCUACUACAAUGAGUUUGACUGGAACUGUGAAUGAUGCAACUGCUACAGAUUCUCCUUGUUGCUGCAACAGCUCCACUCAUAUUUGCAUCAACUGUGACUUCAGCUGUGAUGAUUCUUUACUCUCUCUUGAAAGUGAAGAGUCCGAGUGGAUCUCAGAUUCAAAGUCUAAUCAUGGAUUCUCAUCUGAGAACCCUUCAACUCCACUAAGCAACAUUUCAGUGGAACAUCUCUUAGAAAUUGAAGACAUGAAAGAGUUUAGUGCUGAUGGACCACUUUUUUGGCCAUAUGAAGGGAAAUUCAGCUGGAGUUUUGAGGAAUCUGGGAGCCCGUUUUGUAUCUCACCAAGGGAAGGGCUUGUGUUUGGUGGUAAAUCAAUGGCACCAAGGAUAAAGGAAAGCAGUAACAAAGUCCAUGAAAGUGUAUGCAGGGUGACAUGUGCACAAAAGAUGAAUGAUGAGAAAGUUGCAUUGAAAGGCACAAAAGAUGACAACAAAGUGUUAUGUGUUGACAAGAAUGUUGUUAAUGAGGAUCAUGAGUCAAAUUAUGACCUUGUAUUGGUUAGAGAAGAUUUUUGUUUGGAUGAAGAAGAGCCUGAGAUUUCAAUUGAGACAGUGGUGGGACUGAAGGAGUUUGAUGGACGUGAAGGGCUUGAUUCAGAGUUUAAUGGUGAUGUGUUCAUGCUGGAGGAAUCUCUUAAUAACUCGUGCACGGAUUGUAAUUUCUCCAAACAGGGUCAUGAGCAAGCUUGAUAUUAAAUAUCAGAAUGACAGAGUUACCAUGAUUUUGAAUGGUGAAGCCUCCUAAGGUAGACUUUCUCAAGUACAACUGAAGAAGUAUAUACCUUAUCCUUUUUUGGUACAAUACACAUACUUUAGUGCACUUCAUUUAAUACAAUAUUUAAAAAUGUAUCAGUUCAUUUAAUACAAUAUUUAAAACA